AUGAAUACAAUACCUGUUUAUUUUAAUAACAUAAAUACAAACGAAGCUACAGAGAAUGAACAUUUUAUUCGUGCAUUUCACUGUUUUUUCGAAUUGUUUUCAAAGCCUACUUUCAACAAUGAAAAUAAACUAUUUUAUAAUACGAAGUAUUUGAGUAAAUUUGAAAGUAAACUAUCAUUUUCACAAUCACCAAUAUUAAAUAAUAUAAAUGAUGACUGUAAAGCAUACGAUAAUACUGAUAUUAUUGCUGCUACUAAUACUAAUACUAAUAAUAACAAUGAUAAUAAUAAUAAUGAAAGGAAUAAUUUAAAGACUAAUAACUGCAUAAAUCAUGAAAGUUGUAGUACAUACAACAAUAUACAUCAAUCAUUAUUUUUAUCAGGACUUCAGAAAACUUUCCGAGACUAUUUCGUCAUUCCACAAUAUGCUUCCUAUAUGAAGUGUGAAAAAUUUAAUGAUGUAUUAAAAAUGGAAGAAAAUACAAAUGAAAUUCCUUUAGAUUUAAGUAUGUCAUCUACUCUCCAUAAGUCAUUGACACAGUCAAUAAAUACUACUAUACAUACAACACCUCAUGAUAUUAGUAGUAAUAUAAAACUAAGAGAAGACACUAAUAAUAAACAAUUGAUAUUUUGUCAACUAAAUUGUGAAUAUUCUCAAAGAAACAAGCAUACUAAUGAUGACACUUCAUUUAACCAUCUACAUUUAUCCUAUGAUCUCAGUAUGAAAAGAAAAAGAUCGCAUAAACGUUUUAUGAAUAGAAAAAAUACAAUUGUGACUGCUUUUGAUGAUCAUAUUAAUGAUUCGAACAAUUAUUGGAAGAAAAAGCAAUAUACCGAUGCUGAUAUGAAUAAAAAAAUGGCGCAUUUUAUUAAGUUGAAUAGACGACCUAAUAAAUUGGAACAGUCGCCAACUAUCAAAUCAUCAUUAUUGUCAUCAUCUAUAACAACAUCCCUGCCAACAGUCAAUCAUAUUGAAUGUAGUCCACCUGGCAAACAACCAGUCACUCGAUGUAAUCAUUGUCAUGUUCUAUUUCCAUCUUUGUAUGAAUUAAAUAACCAUUUUAUCAAAGAGCAUAAUGUUAUUUUGCAAGCUGAAAUGGAGCAUACAAAAUCGUGGAAAUCACAUACAUUAGAUGACAGUUGUUUACAAAGCAUGAGGAUACUAUUGAACCGCUCAACUAAUAUGAACAUGUCUGGUUAUCCAUGUCCAAAUUGUGAUUAUGUAGCUAAAUGGCCAACAGAAUUACAAAAGCAUAUUAUGGUUCAUUCAAAACAGCGUCCACAUCGCUGUAUUAUAUGUGGAUUAUCAUAUAAAUGGAAAUGGGAUUUAGGCAGACAUUUUGAUAAAAGUCACAACAGAACAAUGAAUCCCUAUAAGAAGAAUUUAUUCAAUCAUAUACAAAAUCAUAAUAAUCGAUUAAAAACUGUGAAUAAGACAAGCAUGAAAACAAAAAAGUUGUUGCCUGCUCAUAAAAAUGCAGAUGAUUUUUCAAAAUGCAAUUAUCAAUUGACUCAUUCAAUGGGGAAUCCUAAAUUACUUUCAACAUCAACAUAUAUCAUAUCAAACCAACAAAUAGAAAUUUGUGAAACACUAACUCAAGACAAGACAAUAAAACCAAUUGAUUUAACAAGUUAUACUCAAUUGGAUAUUGUUUAG